GUCGGGUAGAUCACGUGAGUCCUUGUUCUUAACGCACGUGUGUACACACUCUAAAUGCAGACUGUGUGCUAACCGUUUUCGGUCCGUGCCUAGACACGUACACACAGGAGGAUGUUUAUUUUAGUAAAAUGUGCCUAGUUUUUUUUUUUAAAGGUUUUAUGUAUUAAGGCAAAUACCUUAUUACCUUUAUACUCUAUAGUCUGCUGUGCUACCAGAAACAGCAUUUCGGAUUAUAGCUAGUUUGAAAGUUUGGUUAGAAGCAACCUGAAGGCUAACUCUGUUCACCAAAUGAUCAAGUCAUGGUUAUUGGAAUAUAAACCACUGCCUUCCUCAAUGCUCAUAAGACUUAGGGGCUGGACAAAGGUUAACUUAAAUCACUUAUUCCCAGAUGAAAUGUUUGUGUGCUCCUUUACACCACAGAAUCCAUGAAAAAGGAAUAUUGAAAGUUUAAAAAAGGAAUAUAGAAGUUAUUUUAAGACAGACCUGCUUUUAAAACAUUUGUUGCAUUUAGGUUAAGGAGGAUCAUACUGUAGUUGCUUUGUUGUAACACAUUUGUUAGCAUUUUAUUACUUGAAGAUUUAGAUUGAUGCAAAGUGAGUUAUUACCACCAUCUGAAAUCACAGCGUGAUUAGUUUGCUUGGGAAUAUGACAGAUUCUGCUGUGAACAUAAAUGAAAAAGGGGAAGUUAAGGAGCAAAUAACAACCGGUAAUGAAACUGAAAAAGAUCUUGAGGAACCGCCAGAUCAUGAGCUCAGUCCUAAGACAGAGGUGAAUACUGAACUGCAAACACAGCAGGCUUGGAAAUGGUCAGUCAUCUACCUCUGUUUUUAUGGCUUCAUGGUCCAACUGAAGCCAGGAGAGGCUUUUAUCACUCCUUAUCUGCUUAGCACAGAGAAGAACUUCACCAGAGAGCAGGUCACGAAUGAGAUUAACCCAGUUCUCUCGUAUUCGUACAUGGCUGUACUGGUUCCUGUGUUUCUCCUGACUGACUACCUGCGAUAUAAACCUGUCUUGGUCCUGCAGAGUAUGAGCCAUGUCUCCAUUUGGCUCUUACUACUGCUGGGCACUACCCUGUUGGAAAUGCAGUUCAUGGAGUUCUUUUACGGCAUCACAAUGGCGGCACGUGUUGCCUACUCCUCUUACAUUUUUUCACUUGUGCCGGCAAAUAUGUAUCAGCAUGUGGCUAGUUACUCACGCUCCUCUGUGCUGCUCGGUGUGUUUACCAGUUCAGUGACGGGUCAGCUGUGUAAGUCACUGUCUGAGAUCUCAUACGGCACUCUGAGUGCCAUCUCACUGGGCUUUGUCUCUUUUGGCCUGUUGCUCUCCACCUGCUUGCCGUGGCCAAAACAAAGCCUGUUUUUUAACAAAAACCACAGACAUGAUGAUAGAUCUGCCACUCAGUCAGAACUGGACAGAAUGAAACCAGAUGAAGUGGUCACACAAUGUGAAAAAGCCUCAUCAGGUGCCUGUAGCAGUCGGAAAACUUUCUUCAGCAUGGACUCCGUGUUCAUUCAGAUGUUGAAAGAGAUUCGCAAUGUUGUGAAAGUCCCUAGUCUAAGACUGUGGAGCCUGUGGUGGGUGUUCAAUUCAGCUGGGUAUUACCUGGUGGUGUUCUACGUGCACAUUCUGUGGAACACGUUGGAUCAAGCCACAGACCAGAAGCAUGUCUAUAAUGGAGGGGUUGAAGCUGCCUCAACAUUGCUGGGUGCACUCACUUCGUUUGUGGCAGGGUUUGUGAAGAUCAAAUGGAACGUCUGGUCAGAACUGGUAAUUGGGGUGAUUACUGCAGCCCAAGCUGGUUUGCUCCUUCUCAUGGGCACCACCACCAACAUCUGGGUGUGUUACAUGGCCUAUAUCCUCUUCAGAGGCUUUUACCAAUUCCUGGUUCCUAUUGCAACUUUUCAGAUUGCUUCUUCUCUAACUAAAGAGCUGUGUGCUCUAGUCUUUGGAAUAAACACCUUCCUGGGAACGAUCUUGAAGACUGUAAUUACUGUCAUUUUGGUAGAUAAGAGAGGCCUGGGUCUGCCAGUACACUCACAGUUUUUUGUGUACUUCUUUUAUUUAACCCUUCUGACGGUGGUUUAUUUGGGCUCUGCUGCAUGGGUUAUCACGCAUCAUUACCGCAGUCAGAGGCGAGAGCAGGUUCCAACAGAAGCAGCUACACCGAUUGAGCUUAGCCCUGUAGAAAAUCAUCCCACUGAAAAGAUGCAUUUCUCCAAUGGAUCAACAGUAAGGACGUGAAAAUUCAGUAAAUUCAGCACUGUUCAUGGUGAGGUUCUCUCACUUAAAAAUGUUUGGUUCAUCAUUGUAAUCUUCUAAAAAGACUUGUGAAUAACUGUGAAUAACUGUGACUUAUUGAAACAUAACAGAGGAAUGUCUUUAUUUUAGUAACUGCAAUGUGCAAGUUCAUUUCAUAAACAACCUUGGUGUGUGUGUAUAUGCGCGCACGCACUGCAGUUUAUUUUAUUUUCUAGAGGAACAAAUUUUAUUGUCCACAAAAAGAUGCAACCUGAGGCUGAGAGAGGAAGUAAAAGUUUAUUUUAUUUUCAAUAUUAUGCCUCUUAAAAAUAUGAAGUUAAUUGCAAAUUAAUUUGCAGAUAACACUACCUACAUAGGAAACUUUGCUUACCCAUGUAAAAUUAUAAUAGGUGGAAAUCGGUCAUACCUAGUACAUGCCUUAUAAUAGGUGGAAAUCGUUCAUACCUAGUGCAUGCCUUAUAAUAGGUGGAAAUCGUUCAUACCUAGUACAUGCCUUAUAAUAGGUGGAAAUCGUUUAUACCUAGUACAUGUUUAUAAUAGGUGGAAAUUGUUCAUACCUAGUACAUGCCUUAGGAGACAUUGUAAGAAAUAUUAAGAGAACCAUUAAUAAGAGUAAAGCUAUUAUUUUAAAGGAAGUUAAUAGUUCUCUUAAUACGUCUUACAACGUCUCCUAAGGCAUGUUUUGGUUCUCUCGCUGUCUUUUAUAAGCAUUUUAAAAAUACACUUUAAUUUUGUAUUUACACUCACAUAUCAUAUUUUCAUUUGCUGGAUAAUAAUUUAAUUUAUGAGUUUAUUAAAAUAUAGAACAGUGUUCAAUUUAAUACAGUGGUCUAGUUUAUCUGUUGUUGUAUUAGUGACAUGUUUUCUGAUGAUUAUUUUGCAGAAUACAUUGUAUAUUUGAGUUGCAAUAGGAGCACAAGUUGGCAAGCUCAAAUUUUUUUAUGCUUAAAAUUUUAGUUUAAUAUACAAAAGUGCACACUGAUGAGGGGAUGAUGUUUUUGAAAUGGUUUAGUGAGGUUGUACCAUUUUACUGUUUGUAUCCGGUUUGAUGCCCUGCAGAAAUUUGCUAGACAUCAUUCUGUAUCUUCUACAAUUUAAUAAUAUCUCAACUGCUCAAUUUCUUAUCCGUUGUGGAGGUAUUCACAGGAAAAAAUGUGAAAAUUGUAGCCUUGUGCAAAAACGAAUAGACCCGACAGUAUAUAUAAUUAUGCGAUAGAUGUUUAUUUUAUAUACUUAAAUUCACUGAUGUAAGCACUGAUCUGAUGCUGUGCAUAAUUUUUCAGUCACCCAUUUCCAUCUCAGUCUGACCUGAGUGCCAUGAUCAGGAAAAAUUUAUGAAGAGAUGUUUUCUUUACUCGAGUUUGAUUUAGGUGUUUGUUUUCCUGUCAUUUUCUGUAUAUUACAGUUACAUAUUGAAGCAAAUAAUGGAGUUUAAAGUUGACAGUAAAUAUAAGUUUUCUAAGAGAAUUUUUUUUUUCAAGGAAACUGAAUUUAUUGUUUGUGUCUUAACAGGCGAUGUCUGUUUAAAGUUGACUUUAGAGAUUGUAAUUGGUAUUAUAAAAGGUUAUUUGCAAGGACUCAAAGAAAAUAAACAAUUAUAACAAUUAUUUUGUUAGUUUACUAUAACAACAGUAUGGGUUAUAUACCAUCUUUUUCUCAUUAUAACUUUAAAGAUUUGACAUUAGACACUGAACAUUUGUUGUAAAAUCUUUCACUGAAAACCAUUGUAUUGUCAUUUGUAAUAAAUCUUUUGAAAAAUUGAUUUUUCAGCUAGAAAAUGAACAGAUGAUUCUUGAGUGUGAUCUGUGUUUGUGUGAGUGAGAGCGAGAGAGUGACAAACUAAACUGAACUUGACUGAAUAGACCCCUGAAAUGCUGCCAGUUUUCUUUUGUUUUUGUUUCUGUGGUUUGCCUUUUUCCCCCAUGCGGAAAAGAGACAAAAAAAGUUCCCAGUCAUCUCACCAUGAGCACACUAUGUUCUAGAGCUGCAUACUGCCACAGAGGCCAACCGAGUCAUCCCUGCUUCAGAACCGGCUGAAUACUGCUUGUGCGUUUAUAAAAUUCUAUAUGUUUAAUUGAGAAUUUCACAUCCAGUGCCUGGGAAGAUCACUGAAAAACACUGAACUCACUGUCAUGUUCAUGAGCCCAGUUUGUGACAUCAUGCAUUAUGCUGCUGGAAGCGGGCAUUUGCUGAGUAGAAC